ACGGUUCGCACGCGCGCAGUAUGAAGGCUCUGACGAUCACCUGCAUCUUUGGAACUCUAGCUGGUGUUGCCUUUGCCGGUGGUUUCGGUGGAUUUGGUGGUCGUGGCUUUGGCGGUGGAUUCAGCGGUGGAUUUGGAGGUGGCUACGGCGGAGGUUUUAAGGCCAUUCCAGUGACGGGCGUUGCCAUCAGCCACGGAGGCGGCGGCUUUGGGGGCUUCGGUGGCGGUGGCUUCGGAAGUUUCGGUGGUGGUGGCUUCGGUGGAGGAUUCGGUGGAGGAGGCAAGAUUGUUGCUGGGCCAUCAUAUCUAGUCAAGACGAUUCAUCACAUCAACAAGCUGCACAGUGGCGGGCAGCUCAUCGGCUAUAGCGGGGUCGGAUUCGGUGGCGGACAUGGAGGAGGUUUCGGUGGCGGCUUCGGAGGUGGUUACGGGGGUGGCUUCGGUGGAGGUGGCUUUGGAGGCGGCCAUGGUGGAACAAUCAGCAUAAUCAAGAUCAAGGGAGGUGGCUACCAUUGAUAAAUUAGUGAUCGCUUCGACACAUGGAUUUACUGUCUAGUGAAACCUUCGCUGAAGACUGGCAGAGGCUGCAUCGAUCCACCUCUACGCAUGGCGCGAAUAAAACCCCAAGGGUCCACAGUCAAGCGCCAAGUCGUUACGGGCACACCUCAGGGCGAAGAAUACAUGAGGAUGACAGGCACAUCGUCCUUGUCAUCAACAAGUGCCAGCCAAGUAUUAUUGUACAAUAAAUUAUUUUUUACGGGA